GCUUCUUCUACUACUUCUACUUCUACUUCUUCAGCUACUUCUACUUCUUCUACUACUUCAACUACUUCUGCUUCUUCUACUAUUUCUACUUCUUCUACUACUUCUACUUCUUCUACUACUUCUACUUCUACUUCUACUACUUCUGCUUCUUCUACCACUUCUACUUCUUCUACUACUUCUACUUCUACUACUUCUGCUUCUUCUACUACUUCUACUUCUACUUCUACUUCUUCUACUACUUCUACUUCUACUUCUACUUCUACUUCUUCAGCUACUUCUACAGCUACUUCUACUUCUUCAACUACUUCUACUUCUUCAACUACUUCUACUUCUACUUCUUCUACUACUUCUCCUUCUUCUACUACUUCUACUUCUACUACUUCUACUUCUUCUACUACUUCUACUUCUACAGCUACUUCUACUUCUACUUCUUCUACUACUUCUACUUCUUCAACUACUUCUACUUCUACUUCUUCUACUACUUCUACUUCUUCAACUACUUCUACUUCUACUUCUUCUACUACUUCUACUUCUUCAACUACUUCUACUUCUACUUCUUCUACUACUUCUACUUCUUCAACUACUUCUACUUCUACUUCUUCUACUACUUCUACUUCUUCAACUACUUCUACUUCUACUUCUUCUACUACUUCUACUUCUUCAACUACUUCUACUUCUACUUCUUCUACUACUUCUACUUCUUCAACUACUUCUACUUCUACUUCUUCUACUACUUCUACUUCUUCAACUACUUCUACUUCUACUUCUUCUACUACUUCUACUUCUUCAACUACUUCUACUUCUACUUCUUCUACUACUUCUACUUCUUCAACUACUUCUACUUCUACUUCUUCUACUACUUCUACUUCUUCAACUACUUCUACUUCUACUUCUUCUACUACUUCUACUUCUUCAACUACUUCUACUUCUACUUCUUCUACUACUUCUACUUCUUCAACUACUUCUACUUCUACUUCUUCUACUACUUCUACUUCUUCAACUACUUCUACUUCUACUUCUUCUACUACUUCUACUUCUUCAACUACUUCUACUUCUACUACUUCUACUACUUCUACUUCUUCUACUACUUCUACUUCUACUUCUACUUCUACUUCUACUUCUUCUACUACUUCUACUUCUUCAACUACUUCUACUUCUACUUCUUCUACUACUUCUACUUCUUCAACUACUUCUACUUCUUCUACUACUUCUACUACUUCUACUUCUACUACUUCUACGUCUUCUUCGACUUCUUCUACUACUUGUACUACUUCUACUUCUACUACUUCUACGUCUUCUUCGACUUCUUCUACUACUUGUACUACUUCGACUUCUUCUUCGACUUCUACUUCUUCUGCUACUUCUACUUCUACUACUUCUACGUCUUCUUCGACUUCUUCUUUUACUACUUCGACUUCUUCGACUUCUACUUCUUCUACUACUUCUACUUUUACUACUUUUACAUCUUCUUCGACUUCUUCUAAUACUUCUACUUCUACAUCUUCUUCUACUUCUACUACUUCUACUUCUUCUACUACUUCUACUUCUUCUUUGAUUUCUUCUUCUACUUCUACUUCUAUUUCUAUUUCUUCUACUUCUUCUACAACUUCUACUACUACUACCUCUGCUUCAUCAUCUACUCAUACUACUACUGCUCCUUCUUCGACUUCUACUUCUUCUACUACUUCUACGUCUUCUUCUUCUUCUUCUACUACUACUUCUGCGUCUUCUUCUUCUACUUCUACUUCUACUUCUACUACCAUUACUACUUCCUCAUCUACUUCUACUUCUAUUUCUUCUACUUCUUCCUCUUCAUCUACUUCUUCUUCUACUACUACUUGUACCACUACUUCUUCUUUUUCUUCUUCUUCUUCUUCUUCUUCUUCUUCUUCUUCAAAUAUAUUUGAUCACUAUCCAAUCAGGCAGGUCCACUGA